GGGAGUUCACGCGCGGCUUCCUGUUUCAGAUUCCCGGACGCUUUACUGUCCAAACGCACAGGAUAUUUUCUACUGUACAGCGUUUACGGUCUUUUUAUUGCGUUUCACCGGAUUGACAGUUUUGACAACAUUUUUCAGUUUGUUAAAGUCGGUCAGAAAUGUUUGUCUUUUACUUUUAGUAAGAAGUUCGGUUAUGUAAAUAGGUAGGAGUGCUUUCACAUGACACCGCAGUCUCUCAUACAGUAUAGCUGACCGUCUAUCAGAUCUAUCAGAUCUAGUGACUGCAAGCCCAAAACUUUCUGAGGAAUUCAUUUUCAACAUUGUGUUUGUGUUAAAUGGAGGAGGCUUACACAGCACUGUAUCAAGAGUUUCUUCAUCUACAGUCAAUCUGCUUAAAGCAAGCAGCAAUGUUACAACAUCUCUCUGACAUUGUACAAAAACAGCAAGGUGGUAAUGAUGUCAGUCAAAUUGACGGCAAACUAGACAAGUUACAUCUAAAUCUGGACCUGCCGGAACAGAAACAGGAUGGCCAUGAUAGGGCCGUUGUCCAAAAUCCUGUAAGGACAGUAAAUAACAGUCCUUGGGAAGACCUGAGAAAAGCUGAACAACACUAUAAUGCCACCCAGACUUCACGACGGAGGCCCUGGUCUUCCUCUUUUUUGGACAGUGAGAUGGUCAGUCAGGCUGGAGGACUCUUCAUGUCUGAAGUCACGCUUCAGUCGCAGGUCUGUGAGUUCUGUCAUGCUGUGUUUCCUGGACAUACAAGCACACGUGGAGAGUUUCUGCGUCAUCUUACAACACACAUGACCUGAUGAUAAAGUGAUUAACUUGUUUUAUCACGGGUCUGUUGAAUGCUGUAUUCUGAUUGGUUGAGAAAUGUUCCAUGGAUUAUUUUCGAUAACCGCACAUCUAACUUUUCAAAUGUCUUAAAAAUAGGCACCAGAGCAAUGUUUGUGGUAACCGUGGUAUAAGAGGAAUAAUUGACUCCGGUCCUUUGAAUUAUUUGAAAUUAUACCACGGGUCUGUUGAAUGCUGCAUUCUGAUUGGCUGAGAAAUGUUCUAUGGGUGUUGAUUAUUUUUCUGUAAACCGCACACCUAAUUUUUCAAAUGUCUUAAAAAUAGGCACCAGAGCAAUGUUUGUGGUAACCGUGGUAUAAGCGGAAUAAUUGACUCCGGUCCUUUGAAUUAUUUGAAAAUAAUGCACACCUGCGGUGUAACGGCACUCCGCUUCGCGUCGUGCCGCAUUACCACCUUGGUGUGCAUUAUUUUCUUAUAAUUCAAUGGCCCGUCGUCAAUUAUUCCUUACAUAAUUCAAUGGCCCGUCGUCAAUUAUUCCUUACAUAAUGCUUCGCUUCCCGUUGUGCCGCAUUACCACCUUGGGUGUGCAUUAUUUUCAAAUAGUUCAAUGGCCCGUCGUCAAUUUUUCCUUACUUAAUCUGCAGAUAAGAGUUGUGGAUGAUUAUUAAUGUAAAUGAAGUAGAUCUUUGACCAUGUUAUUAAAAUACUCACUAUACGUCCUUGGUGAGGUAUAACAAAGAUGGUUAAAGUUUCAUUGUGUUUUAGCUGUUAUUCUAUGUUGUUAUGAUUUAGUUCUAAAUAAAAAGAAACUAAAUUCACAAAUAGC